AUGGUUUUAAAGGUGGAAAGCACCAAGAGCUCAAGUGCAACCCUCCCCACCAACGUGCCCUCCUACAGGUCCCUGUCCUCUCGUGAGGAUUGCCCUAGCAGUCACACUAGCUUCUCAGAUGGUGAGCUUGCCCGGAACGUGAGGGAAGGUGUCAAACAUCGAAUCUUCUACCUCUCAGAGCAGCUGAGAGUGGAGAAGGCCAGUAGGGAUGAGAAUACCAUGAGCUACCUCAAGCUGGUAUCCAAAGCUGACCGACACCAGGCCUCACAUAUCCGACAGGCCUUUGAGAGGGUGAACCAGCGCACCUCUGCCACUAUUGCUCACAUAGAACGAAAGCUCUAUCAGUGUCACCUGCAGCUGAAGGAGCUGGAAGAGGGCUGCAGCCCUACAAGCUCAGUGAUGAAAGUGGGCAGUGGCAUGGACAGCCAUAAGCCAGGUGGGGAAGAUAGCCUGCCCAUCAACAUAGCUAGGCCCUACACUCUGGAAGGUCACUUGUCAGUCUUGCAACAGAGGAAAUUCUCAGACAAAAAGUAUGUGGCCCAGCAACAAAAGCUGCUGUUGCAGAAGAUGAAGGAAGAACUGACAGAAGCCAAGAAGGUUCAUGCUGGCCUUCAGGUCUCCCAUCAAAGCCUCAAGGAAAGACAUGUGACUGAUGUGCGGGAGAUACUAGAGUCCCUCCAGGAAAAGAAAACCAGACAAUCACUGAUGGAAGAACAGGUGAAUGAUCACUUGCAGAGAUACCUGGAUGAGAUUUGCCACCUCAAACAGCAUUUGGCAUACACUGAAGAGAAAAUGGCCUAUUUGUCCUAUGAAAAAGCCAAGGAAAUAUGGGAUGUAAUGGAGACUUUCAAGAGCAGAAUAGCCAAGCUAGAAACUCUACAGCAAGCUACCCAACUGGAGAUGAUGGCCAGCAUCAGAACCCGUCCCAAGGACUUUUUGUUCAGAUUCAUAAGCCUGCUUCUUACACUGACCACUAUCCUCUUGGUCUUGGUCUCUACCUUGUGUUCUUGCCCCUUGCCCCUGCUCAACUCACGCCUGCGCACAUUCACCAUAUUUGUGUUGAUUGGCCUUGGAAUUUUGGCCUGGCAGAAGCGGCAUAUCAUCUCCAUCAUGGACUGGCAGGCCUGGGUUCCCUUUAAAUGGAGACCAGACUUCAAGGAUGCUAAGCCUCUAUUAGAUGGACACUGA